UGAACCAGCUGCUCUGUGACAUCAGCCCUGGGGCCAAAGGUACUGCAUUAGUUGAUGGCUGCACUGAAUGAGCCCUCACUCCUUGCAGUUGAUGCAUGCCACAGGAAGUGAUGAAUUUGCUAUGCCUCCUUGUCCUACUGGCCAUGUGUAGAUCUGUGCUCAGCACAUGGGACACCUGUGGAGGGACCUGUGGUCUCUGGCCCAUGUCUGCUUCCUAUGAGCCCAUGGCUCCAGACUAUGACCCCAUGGCUCCAGACUAUGGUGAACUGCACAUCGUUGGUGGCACAGCUGUCCAACCAGGAGCCUGGGCUGGGAUUGUCAGCAUCCAGGAUCCCUGGGAACCAGGCACAGGGCAUAUCUGUGGAGGGUCCCUCAUCAGCACAGAGUGGGUCCUCACAGCUGCCCACUGCUUCAUCAAUGCCAGGAACACCAAUAUGUGGCAUGUGGUGGCUGGGGCUACCCGUUUGACUCAGCUGGGCCCUGAGGUGCAAGUGCGCCAGAUUAAGCAGCUACGGGUUCAUGAACACUAUAUUCCUGGUGAGGAGAGGAACAACAUUGCCUUGCUGAAAUUGGACAAGCCCGUCGUGUGCAGCCACUACGUACAGCUGGGCUGUGUGCCUGACACCACACUGAAAGUGUCAGAGCUGGAAGCCUGUUACAUUGCUGGCUGGGGUACUACCACUACAAGAGCUCAAAGACCAAGUGACAUCCUACAGGAGGCCAAGGUCCACCUCAUUGAUAUCCAGCUCUGUAACAGCAGCAUCUGGAACACCGGGGCCAUCCACACUCAAAAUCUGUGUGCUGGUUACUCAGUGGGUGGCAUCAACCCCUGCCAGGGUGACAACGGUGGUCCUCUGGUGUGCAAAGAUAACAAUGCUGCCUUCUUCUGGCUUGUUGGUGUGGCCAGCUUGGGGAAAGGCUGUGAGACAGCAAACCAGCUUGGAGUCUACACCUCCGUUCAGCACUUCUAUGAGUGGAUUCUGGUCCAGAUAGACCCGCAGCCAGACAGAAGGACAUCAAGACAUUCUAUGACUGCCCUAACCCCCCCUCAGAAGCCAAGGCCAAUACCAACACCGCUGGACAGGUUUAGCUCCUGCCCAUUUUCACUCCAGAAGCUGGUGGAAUUUUUUACUCAGGUGCAGGAUCUCUUUCAGGUCCUAAGGAGAAAACUGGCCAGAGAAAGAGGAUGAGCAGGAUCCAGUGCAGGCUGCAGUGGACCAUGCCCAUUUCCAGGGCAAUGCCUUGUGAUCCAAAGAGCCUCAGUGUCCAAGGCCUGCCCUAUCCAUCUCAUACUUCUCCUCUGUGUGCACACAAAUCCUGAAUCUGACUUAGUUGUGGAAAUAAAGUUGCCUGAUUUCACUGCUA